GACCCAAGUCGUCUCAGAAUUGUUCACGGAGUUAGGUCUUCAGUCGUCUCAGAAUUGUUCUUGGAGUUAUGGGAAGACCCAAAGUCGUCCCAAUAUUGUGACUCAAACUUUUGCAUUUCUUUGUGUAUAUAUGUGUGUGUAGGAUAUGUAUAUAUAUAUAUAUAUGUAUGUAUACAUAUAGGAAUUCACUUGAAGCAUUUCCAAAGGUGUAGGAGAAAUGGAAUUGAUUUGGUUCCUGGCUUCUUUUCUUCUGCUUGCAACAUCUUCAUUUGCAGGGCAUCAAGAAACUGAGCAAGGACUCAACCAUUCAACUUUGCACUUGAAGUUAUACCAUGUGCGUGGUGGACAUGACGCACGCAAAUCACAUCUUUUUGGACCGAAUUUCUUCAGCACACCCGUGAAAGCUGCUUCUCUGAAUACGUACAAUUACUAUGUCGACAUUGGCCUUGGCACUCCACCAAAAUACUAUUCCGUGGUCAUCGACACUGGCAGCUCCUUCACCUGGGUGCAAUGCCACGAACACGGCGUUGGCGUUUUCAAUCCCUCUGCAUCCAGAACCUACAAAAAGUUACCGUGCUCAAAUACCCAGUGCAAUUCACUCGAGGGAGCCACUCAGAAUCACGGAACUUGCACUUCUCUGAACGAGUGCAAGUACAAAGCUAGCUAUGCGGAUGAUUCUUUCUCCGUUGGCUACUUGAGUCAGGAUACACUGACCCUAACACAAUCAGAGACACUGCCGGGUUUUGUGUAUGGAUGUGGGCUGAACAUUGAAAGUCAGAUUGUGUUGUUUGGUCGAACCACUGGUUUGGUUGGCCUGGCUCGUAACAAUCUCUCCAUGAUCUCUCAGCUGUCAGCCAGAUAUGGACAUGACUUCUCCUACUGCCUCCCAACACAGAGGGGAGGCAGUGGAGGCUCAUUGUCCAUAGGAAAGGAUUCAUUGACGGGACCAUCCUACAACUUCACUCCAAUGCUUCCUAAUUGCCCGGAUAUGGAUAGUAACCUUUACUAUUUGCGUUUGUCUGCAAUUGUAGUGGCAGGCAAGACAGUAAUGGUGGCACAGUCCCAGUACUGCAACACACCAACAGUUAUAGAUUCUGGGACGGAGGUCACGCGUCUGCCUACAUUAGUAUAUGCAGAUCUCCGUGAUGAGUUCAAAAGGAUCAUGUCCUCGAAAAACAAGACUAUCCGAACUUUCUCGGAUCAUCAUUUUCUCGAUACAUGUUAUGAAGGUAGUUUGAAGGAGAUGUCAUCAUAUGUGCCUGAGAUUCGGAUGGUGUUUCAAGGAGAGGCCGAACUCACUCUUGCACCUCAAAACAUUCUUGUAGAAGGGAAUGAGGAGGGCACUUUGUGCUUGGCCUUUGCAGACAACUCGCACAGUCAUGGAUACGUCAUUAUUGGAAGCGUUCAGCAGCAGACGUAUAGUGUGGCGUAUGAUGUCUCCAAUUCGAGAAUUGGGUUUGCUGCUGGGGGCUGCACCUAAAUAUUAAAAUGAUUGUACCUUCAUCUCAUGCAUCAAACAUUAUGGCAUCUCAUAAAAAAGGAGUCCUGAGGAUGCUCUGCAACCACCUUUUCUGUAUGAUAGAUGAAGAUCCCAUGACUGCUGAAUUGUUCUCAUUUGUGAUUGUGAAUACCAAGUUUGUGCAUGAAAAGUAGAUCAUA